ACAACACAGCAGGAAGAAAUUUUGUUGCUCUUUCCAAGAAUUAAAACAAUUUAAUUUUUCCAAAUUUUGUAAUGCACAUUUUGUAUUACAAACUCGUCACCGAGGUGCAAAGCUAAUAACAAUGUGAUAUAAGAGGUCGCGGUUCAAUUUUAGAUAUCUAGCAGCUAAUCUUUUGAUUUCCCCUAAUCCCAUAAUUCAUUUCAUAUUUAUCUCGUUUCACCGACAGCGACACCAGACAGCCAGCUGAUAAGUAACCGGAUCUGUCAAGGGGAACUUCGACGUCACAAUGGGAUCCCUUUUUCGAAGCGAAGAGAUGGCCUUGUGUCAACUCUUCUUACAAAGUGAAGCUGCUUAUGCCUGCGUCUCAGAGCUGGGAGAAUUGGGUUUAGCACAGUUUCGAGAUCUAAACCCUGAUGUCAACGCAUUCCAACGUAAAUUCGUUAACGAAGUUCGAAGAUGUGACGAAAUGGAAAGGAAACUUCGCUAUUUAGAAAAAGAAAUAAAAAAAGAUGGAAUUCCUAUCAUGGAUUCUGGCGAGAUAAUUGAAGCUCCACAGCCCCGAGAAAUGAUUGAUCUUGAAGCAACUUUUGAAAAACUAGAGAAUGAGCUCCGCGAGGUAAAUCAGAAUGCAGAAGCUUUGAAGCGGAAUUUCCUAGAACUCACAGAGUUAAAACACAUUUUAAAGAAAACUCAGGUUUUCUUUGACGAGGCUCAAGGGUCUUAUCUUUACUGUCAUAACUCGUACUCCUACUCUCAGAUGGCUGCAGAUGGCAGCAGAGAGGACGAACAGGCAAACCUUUUGGGCGAAGAAGGUCUUCGCACCGGUGGCCAAUCGCUAAAAUUGGGAUUUGUCGCAGGCGUAAUUUUGAGGGAACGCAUACCAGCUUUUGAGAGGAUGCUGUGGAGGGCUUGUCGAGGCAAUGUAUAUUUACGACAAGCGGAGAUUGAUGACCCAUUAUGUGAUCCAGCUAGCGGAGAGCAAGUGUUUAAGUCAGUUUUCAUCAUUUUCUUCCAAGGAGAGCAACUGAAAACAAGAGUGAAGAAAAUCUGUGAAGGGUUUAGAGGAACAUUGUAUCCUUGUCCUGAAACGCCUUUGGAUCGACGUGAAAUGGCAGUGGGCGUCAUGACUCGAAUUGAGGAUUUGAACACUGUUUUGAAUCAAACUCAAGAUCAUCGACACCGUGUCUUGGUUGCAGCUGCUAAAAACUUGAAGACUUGGUUCACGAAAGUUCGAAAAAUUAAAGCAAUCUACCAUACACUCAAUCUUUUCAACUUGGAUGUUACCCAAAAAUGUCUUAUUGCUGAGUGCUGGGUACCCAUAGCCGAUCUAGAAUCUAUUCAUCACGCAUUAAGACGCGGAACUGAACGAUCAGGAAGCUCUGUUCCUCCUAUUCUAAAUAAAAUGGAUACCAAAGAGACGCCUCCAACAUAUUUUCGAUUGAAUAAGUUUACCAAAGGGUUUCAAGCUUUGAUUGACGCUUACGGGGUGGCCACUUACCGUGAAGCAAAUCCUACACCAUUUGCAAUAAUUACAUUUCCAUUCCUAUUUUCUGUUAUGUUUGGAGACUUUGGUCAUGGAUUCAUUAUGACUUUAUUUGCAAUGUGGAUGAUAGUGAAUGAGAAACCGUUGAUGAACAAAAAAUUUAACAGCGAAAUUUGGAACAUUUUCUUUGCUGGGAAAUAUAUUAUCUGUUUGAUGGGAUUUUUCUCAAUGUACACUGGAUUGAUUUACAACGAUUUUUUCUCAAAGUCUCUAAAUAUAUUUGGAUCCGAAUGGUUUGUUCCGUACACCACAAUGAGUGUCAUACGAGAAAAAGAGGUCAUGCUGGAUCCUAAAAACGCAUUUACUGACGAAGCAUAUCCUCUUGGAUUGGACCCGGUGUGGCAGGUGGCUGAGAACAAGAUCCAAUUUCUGAAUGCUUACAAAAUGAAGGUGUCAAUUAUUGUUGGAGUCUGUCAUAUGCUGUUUGGAGUCAUGAUAAGCUUGUGGAAUCACAUGUUUUUCCGGCGACAGAUUAACAUAAUUUGCGAAUUUAUCCCUCAAAUUAUUUUCAUGACCUUCUUAUUUUUUUACCUGUGUCUCCUCGUAUUUCACAAAUGGUGCAGUUAUUCAGCAGUUGCAGAUGCACAUGGCUUGAAGGAAGAAGGAGCACAUUGUGCACCAUCAAUAUUAAUUACAUUCAUCAAUAUGGUCCUUUUCAAAUCGUCAUACCCUCCAAAUGGAGAAGUUCCAGAUUGUGACCCUUAUAUGUAUUCUGGUCAAGAAGGAUUUCAGAAAUUUUUGGUCUUUAUUGCCUUGAUGUGUGUUCCUUGGAUGCUUUGUGGGAAACCAUAUUUGAUUUGGAAGGAACGAAAGCUAGAACUACUAAAGGCCAACAAUGGUAAUGCUGGUGGUUUAAUGGAAGAAACUAAUGCCUCGCAAGCUCAAAUGAUCGAUGGCAGUGCUGGAGCUGUUGGAACUAGCCAUGAACAUGAAGAAGAGUUCAGUGACAUUUGCAUUCACCAAGCCAUUCACACUAUUGAAUAUGUUCUUGGAUGCGUUUCAAACACUGCUUCAUAUCUACGACUUUGGGCCCUUAGUUUGGCACAUGCACAAUUGUCGGAAGUUUUAUGGAGCAUGGUAAUGCGAAUUGGGCUCUCUCAAACUUCUUGGUAUGGCGGAAUUGUGCUAUGGGCAAUCUUUGCAGCGUGGGCGGUAUUGACCCUUGGAAUUCUGAUACUUAUGGAAGGUCUAUCAGCUUUUCUCCACACGCUUCGAUUACACUGGGUCGAGUUCCAAAAUAAGUUCUAUCAGGGUCAAGGAUACCCAUUUCUACCGUUCUCCUUUGAAAUCAUACUGGAUGCAGCGCAAAACACUGAACUUGAUUAAAACUGCAUCUUAAUCAACAAUAAUUCAUUGGCUACACAUUGAACGUAUAGCUAAUUGAGCGUCAUUGAUGUGUAAUAGUAAUAUCAUAAAGUAGAAGGAAGAUCAAACUAGAUAGUACUUGGAUUAGUGACGAGUGACUACCGUUAUUAUAUUAGUACUCGUAAAUAUGUAUAUAUUCGAUGGUAUGAGACGAAUAUCAAUAGCAGCUUUUUUGACAGAUUGUUAAAUUAUUUGCAUGUCACAAAAGUAUGAAACAUUUGUGAUUAAUACAGUAUGAUAUAUGAUUCUCGUUCUCUAUUCUCUCUACAACAAUAAUGUUGGUAGUCAGUAUUAAACAACCUAGAACUAUUACUUACCAUCAACAACUCUGCGUCCAACCCUUGUAUAAAAAUGUAUUAAUCAAUGAUUUAAAAUUAAUGACUUGUCAAUUCAUUGGUAUUUGUGAACCGCUUUAUUUUUAUGAAAUGUUACGUUCUUAUGGAUUAACGAAUGCCAAUUUAAAUGAAAAAUAAAAGCUCUCUACGAAUAUAUACCCAAAGAA